CCGGGCAGGUGCGGUGGCGGAAGUGUGGAAAGACGGCCAGAGUUGAGUCUAGUGGUCUAGGAAGCCGCGGUGGGUCACUCAGCAGGGAGCAACUGCCCGGCCUUAGCGCAUCUCAGAGAACCGGGCUCGGGCGCUGACAGGAUGCCUUUGUUCGCGGCCAACCCCUUUGAGCAAGACGUGGAGCUGCCCCGAACGCGCUGCCGCAGUGGGUAGACCCUGUUCGGGCCUCCCAGAACUGGAGACGUGAACUUACUCCCUCUGAAUUGGAACUUCAUGUUGUUUAUGUAUGCAUCCAAGCCCUGCUAAUGCAGCUUCAGGAUUUGCGAUUGUGAAGGUGCUACCGGAUGUCCUGUUUUAGAGUAUGAAAAAGAAAACUGUAGAAUCUCAAAACAGCCCCCAACAAAUAAUUUUAGAAAAAGCCACAAAUGAGUACAACACCACGGAAGAUUGGAGUCUUAUUAUGGACAUAUGUGACAAAGUUGGAACCACUCCUAAUGGAGCAAAGGAUUGCCUAAAAGCCAUCAUGAAAAGGGUAAAUCAUAAGGUUCCUCAUGUUGCUCUGCAGGCAUUAACUCUUCUUGGGGCUUGUGUGGCAAACUGUGGAAAGAUAUUUCAUUUAGAAGUGUGUUCCCGUGAUUUUGCAACAGAAGUACGUGCUGUGAUAAAAAAUAAGGCUCAUCCUAAAGUAUGUGAAAAACUGAAAUCUUUAAUGGUGGAAUGGUCAGAAGAAUUUCAGAAGGAUCCCCAGUUUAGUCUCAUAUCUGCAACUAUUAAGUCUAUGAAAGAAGAAGGAAUUACUUUUCCUUCGGCAGGUUCUCAGACUGUAUCAGCUGCUGCCAAGAAUGGAACAUCAUUGAACAAAAACAAAGAAGAUGAAGACAUAGCUAAAGCUAUUGAAUUAUCUUUGCAAGAGCAGAAACAACAACACCCAGAGACAAAAUCUUUAUAUCCAUCUGCAGAAAUUCAGUUAAAUAAUAAGGUUGCACGAAAAGUGAGAGCUUUAUACGAUUUUGAAGCUGUUGAGGACAAUGAACUCACCUUUAAACAUGGUGAAAUCAUUAUUGUUUUGGAUGACAGUGAUGCCAAUUGGUGGAAAGGAGAAAAUCACAGAGGAAUAGGUCUUUUCCCAUCUAAUUUUGUAACAACUAAUUUAAACAUGGAGUCUGAGGCAGCUGUGGACAAAUUGAAUGUAAUUGAUGAUGAUGUGGAGGAAAUUAAGAAAUCAGAGCCCGAGCCUAUUUAUAUUGAUGAGGAUAAGAUGGAUAGAGCCCUGCAGGUACUCCAAAGUAUAGAUCCAGCAGAUUCAAAACCAGAUUCCCAAGACCUUUUGGAUUUGGAAGAUAUCUGUCAACAGAUGGGUCCAAUGAUAGAUGAAAAACUUGAAGAGAUUGAUAGGAAGCAUUCAGAAUUGUCUGAAUUGAAUGUAAAAGUCCUGGAAGCUCUGGAACUAUAUAACAAAUUGGUGAAUGAAGCACCAGUAUAUUCAGUCUAUUCAAAACUCCAUCCUCCAGCACAUUAUCCAUCUACAUCAGUGCAGACGUAUCCAGUUCAAUCACAUGGUGGAAACUACGUAGGUCAAAACAUUCACCAUGUAACUGUUGCCCAAAACUACAGCCUGGGAACAGAUCAUAUUGGUUCGCUGAGAUCUCUGCCUCCAAGUGUAAAUUCCUCAGUAACAACACAGCCUGCUCAAACUCCAUAUUUAAGCACUGGACAAGACACUAUUUCCAGUCCUCCUUAUAUGAACCAGAACUCUAACCUUCAGUCAGCUACUGGUACAGCUGCUUACUCACAGCAGAUGGGGAUGUCUGUGGAUAUGUCAUCUUACCAGAACACUACUUCCAAUAUGCCGCAUCUGGCAGGCUUUCCCAUGGCAGUCCCAGCUCAGUCGGUUGCACAGCGGCAAACAAACUAUCAUCAGCAACCUCUCCUUUAGAGAAAAACCAAGCAUUUUUGUGGAAACCUUCAUAAGUGUCACUUGUGAUUCUAAUCUGAAAAUAUUAAAAGGAAACUUUUUCCCUCUGAACUCAAAAGGACAAUGAGUAAAUAAAAGCACAAAACCUAACUUACUCUAAAGGCCAUAAAAGUUUUUUUCAGACCAGUUUGUUUGAAGUCAGAGGCAGCUUAAAGAUGCUCCCAGUUAGUUUUGUCAUACUUUCAAAUGUCUUUCCGUGAAUCUGGACACCCAAUAAGUAGCUUUAUGACACUAAGCAGUAUGAGAUAAAAGUGUAAAAAUUUUACUUUAAAGAAACCAUUGUUACCAUUGUUUAUCCGCAAAAUGUCUUAGUGAGAGAAUUGAAGACCUUUAAAUAUUUUUUGUCUGCAUUUUUUUUUUUUUUUUUUUUUACCAUUUCCCACACACUGUUGUAUUAAAAGGCGAGGGAACAUCUUUUUUUGUAUGAGCAUUUCGUUUGCCAACAUGCUUCCUUUUGGCUCCUUAAAUUGCAGUUGUGUUUGCAGUACUGUCAGUUUUGCUCUCAGUGUUAUGUUGAGUAAUAAUUAGCAUAUAAUUGUCUACAGAAACAAGAGCGAUUUGGAAGGAACAAAAAUGUUUUCUGUUAUUAAUAGCAAAAACCAUGUAAAUGCAGAUGUGUGAGAAAGCACUUAGCCAUUUCCCUGCUCAUGCCCAUAGUGGGCUAAAGAAUUUCCAUUCCCUGAGGAAAAACAUUUUCUUCUCUACAAGCAUCAUUAUAUUUAAAAUUGUCACUAAUGACCUUAUCAAAUCACUUUGGUCAUUGUCUAAUGCAAUAUGAUCCAUUUAUUUUACUUCCUGUGUUGUGAUAUGCAGAGAUUCUGCGUUUCUUUUUUAUGGAUUAUACCUGACUUUGAGCCAUGAGACAUACCUAAUAAUUUGAUGUGAUAUAAACCAAGCAUGUAUGAUAAGUGAGUUUUUAUUGAAGUCUUGUUAUUGUAAAAGAAGUGAUUCAAAUACCACUGCUAAGAUGUCAUCGUGCCAAGCUAUUGAAAAAUAUCAUCUUUACUUUCACAAGUAAUUCUGAACCUUUGGAAUAAUAGCAGGUGAUGAUUUGAUAGAACAGUGGAUUGAUAGACAGUUCAGUCAGUUUUUCUGAAGCCCAUGUUUUAAAAAUUAGUUUAUAGCUAAUAGAUUCCACAUACUGUAGAAGUUGGUAGAAAACCAAUAAGGAUUUUUUUCUCUCUUCAAAAUUUGCACACUACUUUAUUAUCUACCAACUUUUUACAUAGUAUAAUAUUGAAAAUGCAUAUACUUAUAGAUAAAUGAUAUUUAGACUGGGAAAAAUAAUGGACAUAAGUUGAAUAUUUAAAAAGUUAAAACUUUUUUGCAUGGAUUCUAGAUUUCUAUAUUGGUUUUUUAAAGAAAAUAAUCUUUCUACUAAGAAUCCAUUUGAAAACAGACUACAAAUUUUGUCAUUUAUCUAUUUACAGUAAUUUUAUUGUAAGGAUGUACCUUUUUCGAAGAUACUUUGUUCCAGAACAAAAUACUGUAUAUAAUACUUGGUCUACAUUUUAAAAGGAAAACAAGCAGUAUUUGAAAACUUAGUUUUUGUUGUAUUAUUUCUAAUCAGGUAUCAAAAGAAAGUUUUAACCUUCCACACCAUUUUUACUUUUUCAUUUAGUAUUUUCCUUUCACAUAAAUUCAGCUAUAUACUUAUAAAAAAUAUUCUAAAAUGGCACCUUCCUUUUUUUUAAUUGCUUUUUUUAGUUGUAGAUGGAUACAAUAUCUUUAUUUUGUUUAUUUAUUUUUUUAUGUAGUGCUGAGGAUCAAACCCAGUACCUCACACAUGCUAGGCGAGUGCUGUACCAGUGAGCCAUAACCCCAGCCCCUAAAAUGGCACCUUACUUUUUAGAAACAAAUUAUUUGUUCUUUAAGAAAGAAAACAAAAUGUAAAAAACAUCCAAAGCUGCUUUUGGUAAUUCAAGUUAGUAUUUGCAUAUAUAUAGAGAAAAAAUUUUACAUUUUUCUUCCAAACUGUAUUUAAUAAAUUAAUUUUAAUGUUUGUGUAAAUAUACUAUAUUUAAUUGUGUCAAAUUGGAAAAGUUUAGUUCAUCAUAAGCCUUUGAGCCAGUAUAAAUACUGCACACCCACUAAAUUGGAAUUGACCAAUUCAGCUAAUGUAGUUUUGGAAUAAUAAAAUAUAUGACAUGUAUAUAAAUGGUGUAUAUUGGCAUUAAUCUGUGAACAUUUAUAUAUGUAAAAAUUUAUUCCUCUUAAAAAUAAUUUUAUUUUUGCCAUUAUAAGGAGUUUUGUGUUGCAGGUUGAUAGUAUAAAAAUUAUGUUAAAUUUGAAUUGACCUGACUCUUACUAUUAAUAAGAAUGGCAAGGUUGUUCUUUUCUUUCCAUAAUUUUAUGGAUUAUAUUUAUUUUAAGACAUUUAUAACUAAAUGUUUUUGCCAAAGGAAUGGUCUAACUUGAGAUUUCUACAUUGGGUUCACACUUACUGUUUUAAUAUCAAAAAUUUUAAAAAUAACUUCUUUUUCAUAUGAAAUCUUAGUACCUUAGAAAGAAUUCCUGCAAAUUUAUAAUGGAAUUGAUUUUAAUGUAGAAAAAUGCCACUGGUAUUAAAAUACAUGAAGUGGGAUAUGUUCAUAUAGUUUGAAAAAUGUACAGCCAACCAAUAUUGCCUAAUUUGUGGAACUUUAUGUAGAAAAUUACCUGAACAUUAAAUAAUUAUAUAAUAUCAUUCAUUUGAAAUUA